AUGGAGCUUCCAAAUCAAGCUCAAGAAGGGUCCUCUCAGAAGAAGAUGGGAAGAGGGAAGAUUGAAAUCAAACGGAUCGAGAACACCACAAAUAGGCAAGUCACCUUCUGCAAACGCCGCAACGGUUUGCUGAAGAAAGCUUAUGAAUUGUCAGUUCUGUGUGAUGCUGAAGUUGCCCUUGUUGUCUUCUCAAGCCGUGGCCGUUUGUAUGAGUAUGCCAACAACAGUGUUAGGGCAACUAUUGAAAGGUACAAAAAGGCAAGUGCUGCUUCCACGAACGCAGAAUCUGUGUCUGAAGUUAAUACGCAGUUUUACCAGCAAGAAUCAUCCAAAUUGAGAAGACAAAUUCGAGAUAUUCAGAACCUAAACAGGCACAUCCUUGGGGAAGCACUUGGUUCUCUGAGCCUCAAGGAACUGAAGAACCUCGAGGGUAGAUUGGAGAAAGGAUUAAGUAGGGUUAGGUCUAGAAAGCAUGAAACAUUGUUCGCUGAUGUCGAGUUCAUGCAAAAGCGGGAAAUUGAGCUGCAAAACCAUAAUAAUUAUCUGCGAGCAAAGAUAGCUGAACAUGAGAGAGCUCAACAACAACAGCAAUCAAAUAUGAUGCAAGGAACACUGUGUGAUUCACUUCCUUCACAAUCUUAUGACAGGAACUUUUUCCCUGUAAAUCUCAUACCUUCUGAUCAACAAUAUUCGCGUCAAGACCAGACUGCUCUCCAACUUGUGUAA